AUGUCGAGGUUACUAACUAGAAACAGUAGGAGAGUGUCGAAAUCUUUAUGGACAAAACAGCUUAGCAUCUCUUCAGAAGGUUCUAAAUAUGGAGGCGCUAUUAAAACCUGGCUUUUUUCGCCUCAAUAUAGACUACUCACUCAUUACCUGCUCCCCACCAAAAGACUCGCUUAUAAUGCAACGUUCGGAGUGGGGAAAAGUGGCUUCUACAAUAGUUGCAUCAGGCGUUAUUCAGUUGAUACUACCAAUUACUCCAUGGCACACCAUGCUCGAUUUGCUUGGAAUCGGCUAGCUCAGCUCUCUGCACGCAACGGGCGGGCUCGUCUGCCCAUAAACCGAAUAGCCCAGGCAGUCAGCUUGGGCUUGGCCCGUUCUUACAUAGUGGUUCCCGGCAUAUUCUCUCUCAUGUGCGGGAGCACCUUAGCUUGGGCACAAUCCGCCACCGAAACAGAUAUCUUUCAGCCGAGGAGUAGUUUCUACAUGCACGCUGCUGAGGAUAGCCAUCUCUUUAUAACCAGAUUGAUACGUUCCGUGUUCGACAGCAUUUUCUUGCUGCUUAGAGCUCUUCAUUUGGCAGUUCUGUUCACGCCUUGCAUGGCCAUGGCCCCAUUCGCAGAUAGCUUCGGGCCCGAGUUUAGAAAACGUUGGCUUCAGAUUGUUCACCACACCCUGGAGAGAGCAGGCCCGGCAUUCAUAAAGUGGGGCCAGUGGGCCGCCACACGGCCCGAUCUAUUUCCGAGGGACUUGUGCUCCGAGCUGUCAAAGCUCCACAUGAAGGCACCCGAGCAUAGCUUUGCCUACACGAAAAAGAUGAUUGAAAAGGCUUUCGGCCGUAAAAUCUCGGAAAUAUUCGACGACUUUGAGGAGGAGCCCGUUGCUUCCGGAAGCAUUGCGCAGGUCCACCGUGCUACCCUGCGGACUCGGCACAGAGGCCGUCGGGCCAAGCCCAUGCUGGUGGCGGUUAAAGUGAGGCAUCCGGGGGUUGGGGAAUCCAUAAAGAGGGAUUUCGAUAUAAUUAAUGUGGUUGCAAAGAUGUCGAAGUUUGUGCCUGCCUUGAAUUGGCUGAGGCUGGACGAGAGCGCGCAGCAGUUUGCUGUGUUCAUGAUGUCCCAGGUUGACCUUGCUCGGGAGGCGGCUCAUCUGAGCAGGUUCAUAUACAAUUUUAGGAGGUGGAGGGACGUGUCUUUCCCUAAGCCUGUGUAUCCAUUGGUUCAUCCGGCUGUCUUGGUUGAGACUUUCGAGCACGGGGAGAGUGUUUCGCAUUAUGUGGAUGAGGUCAGGGGGAAUGAUCGGGUUAAUAGUGCUCUGGCUCACAUUGGGACUCAUGCCCUGCUAAAGAUGCUUCUGGUAGACAACUUUGUCCAUGCCGACAUGCAUCCAGGAAACAUUCUUGUCCGUGUGGCUCAGACAAAGCCAACUCGCAAAAAGCUCUUCAAGACCAAGCCCCACUUGAUUUUCCUCGAUGUGGGAAUGACUGCCGAGCUUUCUAAGAAUGACCGUGUGAAUUUACUGGAGUUUUUCAAAGCCGUUGCUCGUAGAGAUGGCCAAACUGCAGCGGAGUGCACACUAAGAUUAUCAAAACGACAAAAUUGCCCAGACCCGGGGGCUUUCAUUCAGGAAGUGAAAGAAUCUUUCGAUUUUUGGGGUACAGCGGAAGGUGAUUUGGUGCAUCCUGCUGAAUGCAUGCAGCAGUUACUGGAGCAGGUCCGCCGUCAUAAAGUAAAUGUUGAUGGCAAUGUUUGCACCGUGAUGGUCACAGUUUUGGUGCUCGAGGGCUGGCAACGGAAGCUCGACCCAGAUUAUGAUGUCAUGCAUACGUUACAAACACUUCUCCUGAAAGCUGACUGGGCCGAAUCGCUUUCUUAUACGAUUGAAGGGCUAAUGGCACCGUGA